AUGAUAACGGGCGAUACGGACGUCGAUUGCUCCGGCGAGGUCGGGCGCAAGCUCACGGACCUCGGCGCGCGCCUCGUCAAGCGGCUCGGCAAGGAGACGACGCACCGCACGGACGUGCUCCUCGUGGGCCCGCUCUGGGUCGAAGCGUGCGUCAAGACAGCCUCGCGCGUGCCCGAGGCCAAGUUCUUUCCCGCCGAGCCGCCGCCGCCAGCCGGCGCGCUCAAGGCCAAGAAUCGGCGCCGCAGCAGCAUGAUGGAGCCUCGCGCCGAAGACGUCUUUGACGAGUCGACGAUGACACCGCGAAAGAAAAAGCGAGAGAGCCUCGAGGUUGUGACGCCGUCCUAUAUGCGCCAACCGCAGAGCACGCAAAAGCGCAAGCAGCUCCAGCUCAGCCGCGACGACCCGCUCUCAGAUGACGACGAUCUCAUGGGCACGGUGACCGAGGAAGUGGUCGACGAGCCGCCGCUGAAGCGAGCCCGCGUGCAGCCCAAGGUCAACGUGUGGGCGUGUUCCAAGUGCACGUUCGAGAACCCGACGACCGCACCGCACUGCGGGAUCUGCGGCGCAAAGCACGAAGCGGUCGCCGUCACAGCGCCAAAGCCCUCGAGCUCUGUGACGCCACUCAGUGAGCUCAAGGAGUCCCUCUCCAAGGUCACACUCAAGACCAAAACGAGAAGCUCGACGACGAUCACGCGCUCGACGACGCCGGCCGCGGUGGAGACGGCCGCCAGCAAGACCACAGCCGCGAGUAAGGCCUCAACCAAGAAAUCACCAAAGGCGACACCAACAGUCUCCAAGAAGCCCGCAACGAAGAAGGCUGCGACCACAUCUGCCAAUGCGACGCCUUCGUCGCAGCCGAGUCAAACCAAGACAAAGACAGAGGCCAAGACACCCGUCACCACCAAGGUAAAGGCUAAGCAGUCGGCAACCGAGCCAGAGUCAAAGGCCAAGGUCACCAAGGCCAAGCUCACAGCGGACCCUCCGGCAUCCACUGCGGCCGCUGGCAAAGGCAAGGCUGUCAAGACCGCCAAGCCUGUCGCCGCAAAGGUCACGUCUGUCGCCGCAAACACCACCAAGACCAAGACCAAGGUCGUCGCGACCAAGAAGACGACCACGGCAUCGCAGGAGAAGACAGAGACCCGUCCAAAGCGGUUUUUCGUCGCCAUCAGCGGAGCGGACGAGGCGUCGCGGCAGGUUCUUGUCUCGACGAUCGCGGCCAUUGAUGCCAAGUGCCCCAAGCAGCUCACGACCCGCAUCGUCGACGCCAACGUCGCCAUGACGCACGUGAUCGCAACCGACGCGUCCAAGCGCACAAUGAAGGUGCUCUUUGGCAUUGCGCGCGGCGCGUCUAUCGUCUCGGAUGCGUGGGUUUUUGCGUCGCUCGAAGCGGGCACGUGGCUGCCCGAAGCCGACUACCUCCUCGAGCCGUACAACCAGCGCGCGGGGUCGACGACAAGCCAAGGCGGCAUCCUCGACGGUAUCCUCUUUAGCAUUGCGACCGCCGGUCGGAUGGAGCCGCCCAAGGAGAUUUUGCACAGCCUCAUCACGGCCGCCGGUGGCAAGGUCUGCAACAACGUGUCGCAAGCGCAGUACUGCAUCUGCUACGAGCCCAACCGACGGGCGGCGCAAGCCAACGUGUCGUGCGUCACGCCCAAAUGGCUCUUUGAUAGCAUCGCGGCCCACUGCCUCCAGGACUGUGCGCUCUAUCAGCCGGGCGGCGCGUCGUCGUCGUCAUCGUAG